AACUCUAGACGAGAAAUUCUCGCUUAAUGACACAGCACAUUUGAGUUUUGACCAAGGAACAUCUAGUGACGGAUUUGUAAAAGAAAAAUUAAUAUAAUCACAAAAAUGCAUCCCUUGAAUCAAGUUUUUCUGAACAUGGAGGAGUACAUGAAGUUCGCCCAAAAGGUAAACAUAUGUUUUGAGCUGGAACAUCCUCUGGGCUACUUUAGUUUGACGCCGGAACGCUUCUAUCGCGGCAAUGCCAGCCAGUUGAGAAUGCUCCAGUAUCCCAAGCCGGAGGCCUUUCCACUGGACAUUAGUCAGCCCCUGGAGAGUCCCUACAGGAGGAGCUUCAAUCACUUCUACGACGAGUACUUGGAUAAUGUGCUCUGGGGUAUCUCCGAUUAUCGCAGGCAGCUCUUGUUUCCCAUGGGUUACGAGGGCAGGAACGGCUGGCGAGUGAAUGCACAAAUUGUUUGCCAGAUACAGUUGCUCCAAACACUGAUGUGUACACCAUUCAGGUUAAAUGAGAGUUGGCUCAUCUUGGCCAUCAACUACAGGGACACUUUGUAUCUCUGUUUGGAGAAUCAAGGUGAGAAGCCCUGGACGCAAGAGCAAAGGAAGAAGUCCGCCAUGGAGACAAUGCUCAAGCAUCGGGUUUACAAAGCCUACAAUAAAAACCACGACAAUGCCCCUCCCGAAGAGUGCUCCGAGUUUAAUUAUAUAUUACGUUGUCAACUGAACGAUUUAUCGGUUUUAUAUUCCGCACCCCUUAGUGGAGCCACCGAUCCAGGCUCCAAUUAUAUAUCGGAUUCCGAUAUCAUGAAUCUACACUUUGUGGAAUGCAAAUUGGGAAAGAAUCACCGCCGCAUGGAUGGCCGACUUUCCACCGAAUUGUACAGUUCCGUGGAGGCGUUAAAGUGGUGGUCAGAGGGUCACCUAAAGGGUGUCAAGAACUUUAUGUUGGCCUUGGCCGAUCCCUAUGGUCAUGUUCAAAAAUUGGAUCCCAUAUCCUGUGAUAAGUUGCGCAGGGAUAAUCAAAACAAUUGGUCAUCGGACUUCUGCCAGCAGUUUCUUUGGCAAUUCCUGAGUCAAAUUCGAGAGAUGAUGAAGAACGUGGACGACUGUGCCACCAUCUACGAGUUCAAUUAUGUGGCCCAUAAGAGGUGCAUAUAUUGGAACAAGGGCUCUGGCCAGCAUCUCAGCUUUAUACCCGAAUGGUAUCGUCGGAUAUUGGAGGGUAAUGAAUGAUCUGAUCGGUACUUACUUGCCGAUUUCUCUGAGCUUCAGUUUGCCUUGUUAGCUCCUCCGUAACACUUCACUCUCUCGCCUCAAUUUCCGCCUGUAAUCUGCUUGUUUUCAAGUCAACCCCCGGGGCACUCGGCAAUUUCUGCUCCACGAAAUUGCCACUAAAUCAAAAAAUACAAAAAAACAAAACAAAAAGCUACAACCGCAGCAGACACCUACACUUGGAUCUGGUUUGGGGCACUUUUUUCGCUGUGCGUGCCUCUCCCAUUGGGAUUGGACCCGGACCAAGGAGAUGCCCAAGAUCCACACCCAGACCGGGGCUUAAAACAUUGAUAAAUAACUAAAUAAUAGAAUAAACAGAUGGCAAAAGGUGUUAAAGCUUAAAGUUUAA